CUAGUGGAGUCGGCGCUGACCCACUGGACAGACACGUUCCCGGGGUUGAGUGCACAGAGGCCUUCGCUGGCCAUGGCCCACUGCGCGGCCGGAUUCGUGGCCGGCCUGCCGCUGGUGUCGCGCCAGGCAGGGCUGCAGCUGCUGCACCUCCUCGACGCCCAGGUGCUCGGUCCCUUGCUAGCGUAUACCGCACUCUGCGAGGUCAUCGCCGUCACCUGGUUCUAUGGGUUGGAGCACUUCCGCCUCGACGUGCUCCUGAUGCACGGCGAGCCGUGGAGUGCGGCUCUUGAGGCGCUGUGGACGUGGUUCUUGCCGGCGCUUCUCUCCGGCGCCUUGGCGGGCGGUUUGCUUAGUGGUGGAUGCGGCGGCGCGGAGGCGCCACCGGGUCUUCCGGAAGCCUGCGUCGUGGCCUGGGUGCUUAUAGCGCUCGGAGCUCUGCAAGUACCGCUGUGGGCCGCCAGGGCUGCCACAUCGGUGCGACGAAGCGCGACAAGCCGAUGCCUGGUGCCGUCAUCCGUGAUGGAACUGCACCAGCUGUCAGCAUUGGACGCCGAACCUGUGGUCGCGCAGCCACAUCCCUAGCAUGUGCCAUCUUGUCCUCAAGGCGCGGCGUCACUCGGUUUAACUCAAUGUAGUCCAUUAUUAUGGAACCUUCUAUAUACGUCUUAGUCGUGUAAUAAACCA